UGACUCGCGCUUCGAUUGGACCGUUGUGAAAUUUUAUUCAACACCAUUAUUUUAUAUACAAGAUGUUUAAUGUUUGAAAAUGGCUACAUCUAAGGAUAUUUUCGAAGGAAAUUCUUUCAUCUCAAGUCCAAACAUCAAUGAAGAUGGCAAACGUAAAGUUAGCCUUUCGAGACGUGCUUUGGAUAGCCGAAAAAGUUUACGUACAUUUGAAGCUGAUCCUGAUGAUCAAGAGAAAUCUAUCGAAAGACGCGUGGAUCAAAAAGAAUUUGGUGUCUAUUUGAAUUCAUUGCUUGAAAUCAAUUCUAAAUCAUUCAAUCCAAAUAAUGCUUUUUCUUACAAUUUCAUAAGCAAUAUGAAGUUUAUUUUACCAAACGACAAUGUUGAUUUCAAGAUGAUAGGAAUGUCGAUCGAUGCUGGAACUAAACUUUAUGAAAGUAAAGUGGAUCUUGUUUUUUCAAAUACGCAAAAAAUAUCGUCCAGUUUAUCCAUGGCAACCGCUGAACAAAAUGAUGCAAAUUUUGAUGAUGGUCUUUUUGAUAACGAUUUUGGUGAAAAUAAUGACAGAGCAAGACGUAAAAGGCAAAGAAAAAACAUCAAAACAAUUGCAGCUAAUAUUGAAUCGUUGAAUGGAAAACUUGAAACAAAUAUUGAAAUCGAUCCAUUGUUUCAUCAUUUGUCGGCUGCAUUCGAUGUUGGCAAUGUCAAUUCUUUGUUAAUGGCCAACUUAUCGGUAAAUCCACAUGCUACCAUGUUAUUGGAUUCAAAAGCAAGUUUAGAUUUUGAUUCAUUACCAAAUAUCGAAAGCUGUACUAUAAAAUUUCCAUUCUUAAAGCCUGAAUAUGCUUUCGAACAUCAUUACAUUAGUCGUCCUUGCAUGAAUUUUGAAUUUCUUCGUCGAGACAUUGAUAUCGAACCAGAAGAAUUGUCCAGCCAACAACAACAGCAACAAUUCGAUACAGACACUAAUUUAAAUUUUGAUUUCGAUAUCAACGCAAACGUCGAUGAUAUUCAUGAACCAGACGAUGUCAAUUUCGAUGAUUACGUCAAUCCUUCAAUAAUGAGUGAAUCAAUUGCGAAUGAAAGUGAUUCCGAUUCUGAAAACAUUCUAAAAUUUUUACCACGAGCUGAAGAAAUGAAUAAUCAAUUCUUCGAUGGAGAAUUUUUGAAAAAAACUUUCCGAAACGUUGCCCGAUAUCGUUAUUUGAAUCGUAAUAAAAAAUCAGCGGUAAAACCUAAACGACAACGAGCGGCUCAUAUUGCUCAUGAUUUCAGUAUUAAGCAUACAGAUUUCGUUAAAAAAUUUAAAAUUUCAAGCCUUUCUCAUUUUCAAGAUCAAACAGUAUCCAAAUGGAUUAGUUCUGCAGACGGAAGAACAUUGUGUGAGAUUCAACGAAACUACAAAAUGAAUGAUAAAACUAGAUCUUGUUUCACCAUUGAUUAUAAUUUCCAUGGAUUGAUUGAAAACAAGAAUAGUAAUAGGAGAGACAAUAACGAUUACAAUGAUGAUGGCAUUAUGAACAAUGAAUUUGAUGGUGACCACCAUAUGGACGAAACAAUUCGACAACAAACGGAUUUUGAUUUCGAUAAUGAUUUGGCUGCAGAUAGAUUUAAUUUGGAUUUAGAUACCGAGCCUAUUAAUUUAGAUUCCGAACCCAGUCAUGUUGAUGCAUUGGAUAUUGAUUAUGCAAAAGUGGCCAAAAAAGUUGAUAUAAAACGUGUGAAAUUAAGUAUGUGGUCACUAAUCAAACAAGCAACGGUAACCACUAGUCCGAUAAUGGAUGAAGAAAUUUCCAGCAACAAUACAUCAUCGUCGGAUAUUGGUGAUAGCCAAAAAAAUUUUUCAUUUUCCAAAUUACGUCAAAAUCUGCCAUUUACAUUACGACAAAAUUUGAAUGAAAAUCUUAGUACACCGAUUUCAUUUGUAGCCUUAUUACAUUUAUGUAAUGAAAAGAAUCUUAAAUUGACACCCGGAGAGCUUUCCGAUUUUCAAAUCGAUGCACCUGUUUUAUGAUUAUAAUUAAUUUUUUUUUUUCGGAAAUACGAUGGUAGUUUUUCAAAAAAUUUAAGAUUUAAAAGAUUUAAAUUACGAACAAUCGAUAGUUUUGUCCAUCAUUUUGUCACGUGGAUAAAUUAACCAUUUUUUUCCAGACACUAGAUGACAGCACAUGUCAAUGAAUGAUUUUUGAAAAAAACAAAACAAAAUGUGAAAUUAUAUAUUGUUGUCAGGUAUCAAAUCUUAGAGAUAUACCUCUUCUGGUAUGAAUAAACUACUAUUGUGAAACUUAUUAAUAAUUAAUUUUUUUGUCUUUUUUUUUGAUUGAUUCAUAUAUGAACUUUGUUCGAAUUGAAGUAUGAAUAAAUUUUGUGAUUUUUU